UGCGCGCGGGGCUGGGCUCAGGCAGUGCGGCGGCUGCAUCAUGUCGGCGGUGAAGUCGUUGAACCCCAAGGCCGAGGGGGCGCGGGCGCAGGCGGCGCUGGCCGGGAAAAUCAGCGGGGGGCGGGGGCUGCAGGACGUGCUCCGCACCAACCUGGGGCCCAAGGGCACCAUGAAGAUGCUCGUGUCUGGCUCCGGAGACAUCAAGCUCACCAAAGAUGGCAACGUGCUGCUGCAUGAGAUGCAAAUCCAACACCCAACCGCCUCCUUAAUAGCAAAAGUAGCAACGGCGCAAGAUGACAUCACUGGAGACGGGACCACUUCAAAUGUCCUGAUCAUUGGAGAGCUGCUGAAGCAGGCAGAUCUCUAUAUUUCCGAGGGCUUGCACCCAAGAAUAGUUGCAGAAGGAUUUGAAGCAGCAAAGGCAAAGGCACUUGAAGUUUUGGAGCAGGUCAAAGUAUCCAAGGAUAUGGACAGAGAGACACUUAUAGAUGUUGCCAGAACAUCUCUGCGUACUAAAGUUCAUGCUGAGCUGGCUGAUGUCUUAACAGAGGCUGUAGUAGAUUCCAUUUUGGCAAUCAGAAAACCAGAUGAACCUAUUGAUCUCUACAUGGUUGAGAUAAUGGAGAUGAAGCACAAAUCAGAAACGGAUACAGCGCUUAUUAAAGGACUUGUUUUGGAUCAUGGCGCUCGUCAUCCAGAUAUGAAAAAAAGAGUGGAAGAUGCUUAUAUACUUACUUGCAACGUAUCUCUAGAAUAUGAAAAAACAGAGGUGAGCUCUGGAUUCUUUUAUAAGAGUGCGGAAGAAAGAGAGAAGCUAGUAAAAGCAGAAAGAAAAUUCAUUGAAGACAGAGUGAACAAAAUUAUUGACUUGAAAAAGAGAGUCUGUGGUGAUUCAGAUAAAGGAUUUAUCCUAAUCAAUCAGAAGGGAAUUGACCCAUUUUCAUUGGAUAGCUUGGCAAAAGAAGGAAUAGUAGCUUUGCGCAGAGCAAAAAGGAGGAACAUGGAGAGACUGACUCUUGCCUGUGGUGGUAUGGCCAUGAAUUCUUUGGAGGACCUCACGCCUGAGUGUCUGGGACAUGCUGGGCUUGUCUAUGAGUAUACACUGGGUGAAGAGAAAUACACCUUCAUUGAGAAGUGUGACAAUCCUCGUUCUGUUACCCUGUUGAUUAGGGGACCCAAUAAGCAUACACUCACGCAAAUCAAGGAUGCAGUAAGAGAUGGACUACGUGCUGUAAAAAAUGCCAUUGAAGAUGGCUGUGUAGUUCCAGGGGCUGGUGCAGUAGAAGUGGCAAUUGCUCAAGCUCUCGUUAAAUAUAAGCCCACCAUAAAAGGAAGAGCCCAGCUUGGAGUCCAAGCUUUUGCUGAUGCUCUGCUCAUUAUUCCUAAGGUGCUUGCUCAGAAUUCUGGCUAUGAUUCCCAAGAAACUUUAGUGAAAGUUCAGACAGAACAUGCAGAAUCAGGGCAACUUAUUGGAGUUGAUCUGAACACUGGUGAACCAAUGGUGGCUGCAGUAGCUGGAAUUUGGGACAACUAUAAUGUCAAAAAGCAACUGCUCCAUUCAUGCACGGUGAUCGCCAGCAACAUUCUUUUGGUUGAUGAAAUUAUGCGAGCUGGAAUGUCGUCUCUCAAAGGUUGAAUUGAAUCUCUUCUCAUCCUGCGAUAGUCGUCAUGAGUAGGGAAUUGCCUUUUUGAAAUAACUUAAAAAAAAAAAAUCCAACUAAAGGCAUUUUUGUCCCCAGCCUCCAGUGGAUUUUCACAGUAACAGAAGUAGCUGUCCUUUUUGAUGCAGUAAACAUGGCCACUCGCAAAGAAUAGUACCUGUUCAAAUAUUUGGUUCUAAAAUCAAUUAGUUAUUUAUUUUUAAUUGCACUGAAAUGUACAAUUAAAGUUACAGCCUUUCUACCCAAUAAACAUUUCUGUUCUGUG